AUGACCAGCUCAGUCCAUCUCCUUCGAAUCAUCACCUUAGAGCAGCCAGAUUUAAUGGAGCUGAUGAUGAUACAAAAUGCUCAGAUGCAUCAGAUCAUAAUGAACAACUUGGCCAUGUCGGCAGUGGCAUACUUUGAAAACAGCCCAGUUCAGCCGGCUGCACAGGUGCCCCACAUCCCUUGGCAGAUAGAAGGAGAGGAAGAGGAUGAUCCAGCACCCCUUGUAUUCCACCACCAUUAUGCUCUCUAUCCAAGCACCAUUCCAUUCAUGGGAUGGCAGCCCUCAUCUCAGCCAUCAGCUUGGCCACGGCAACAGCCUGCCAUUCGCCACGUGGGCCCAUCACCUCAGGCAACUGGGAGGCAAGAUGGUCCAGUGGUCCCUCCACCCCCACCACCAAGUGCCACUGGAACUGUGACAGCCGACAUCCCACCAGCUUCAGAAUACUAUGACUACACUGAGGCACAAGGGUGA